UCCAAACUUUUCAAAGUCAGCCCCCUCAGAUUCAGCUUCUUCUUCUUCAAUAAUCUUCUGAAUUUUUGGUUGUGAUAUAUAUUUUUGCAUCCAUGGAGGACUGGGAUUUGCAAGCUAUUGUAAAUGGAUGCAGCAGCAGACCAAGUUUUUCAACUCUGAUGGAAGAUCCUGAUUUCUAUUCUUUUCUGAGCGAGGAAGAUGGUUUUUCUUGUGUUUAUCCUGAAACCACAGCAACUUGUAGUUCUUCAAAUAAUAUUGAAUUUGAAGAAGGAGUUGGGAGUUGUUCGAUUUACCCAGUGUUGCAUCCGUUGAUUCCUCAUCCCAACAAUUCUGCCUCCAUUUCUGAUCUUCUGAGAGAGCUCAAGGAGCCAGAAAAGCUUCAUCACAAGAAGCAAAUCGUACCAACUAAACAGAAACAAAGCAAGAAAAGCAAGCAGAAUAGAGUUGUGAAAGAGGUGAGAGCGGAUAGCGUAUGCUCAGAUUCAUGGGGAUGGAGAAAAUAUGGACAGAAACCAAUAAAAGGGUCGCCAUAUCCAAGAAGCUACUACAGAUGCAGCUCCUCCAAAGGCUGCUCCGCCAGAAAGCAAGUUGAACGGAGCCUCUCCGAUCCCGACGUUUUCCUCGUCACCUACACGGCGGAGCACAACCACUCCGAGCCAACUCGCCGGAACGCCCUCGCCGGCACCACCCGUAAGAAGUUUCCGCCGCCGCAAAACAACAACAUUCCUCUCUCCUCCUCCUCACCCAACAAUUCUACUUCUGCAGCGUCCUUUGAAUUUGAAGAACACCCGCCGGAGGGCCUCGCCGGCGGCGAUGUUCUCAUCAAUCUGCCCUUCGGAAUCUCCACUCAAGAUCUGUUUCCUGGGUUGGAGGAUUAUUUGCUUUUUGGAUGACAAACAAAGUUCUCUUUUUUUUUUUUUUUGGUUCUUCAAAGAGAUAAUAUUGUUCGUUUUUAUAUAAUGUGAAUUCGAAAUUGUAAAACUCGUUCAUCAGAAAAGAGCAAUUGAUGAUCAGGGUUUAGUUAGAUUAUUUGUGUAUUUUGGAUCGUAAAUUUAAAGCAAUGAAAAUGGUUAGAUCUUUUUUUA